GUUUUCUUUUCUUCGAGUUGCUCGCUGUUUGUUCAAUUAAGCACGCGUGCAUACGCCCCUGUUUAACUUUUGCCUUUGAUACCCUGUCCUUGCUGCGCCGGCUUUCUAGGAGCAGGCCCGCGUCGGGGUCCGCACGCGCCCGCCGAAGCGGAGAGGGCACCGAAGAACUAGAACUAAGUUUCACAAGGAGGGCGAGAAGCAAAUAAGUGAACACCAAUAACUUUGUGCUCCGAGGACCCACGGGCCAGCCCCUCGCAUCCUUCGCGCGGGCCCGUAGAGAGUACUCUGAGUUCGGCCCGGCGAUAGCAUUACACCGUUAACACGCAACACAACCGCCCUGGUCACGCCUGGGAAGCCAACUCCGGGCCAGCAGCAAACGUUGUACCGUCGCAUCAACCGCUCAGUCUCGCAGGCGUUGCCGCGUUCUCCAGGCGGCUUCGCGCACACGGCGCGCCAUCUCGUUAGCACAGCUCUCGCUCGUCAACUCUCAACCAUCCAGCAAGCAAGCUAGCAGCGCACGGCCAUGUCCGCUACCUCGUCCGGCUCCGGCUCCGGCGCCGGCGACUCCGGCCUCUCGCCUGCGCUGGAGCAGUCGCUGACCCAGAUCGAGUCCAGCUCCGCCAUCCUGCCGCUGUGGAUACCCAUGGUGGUGUUCGGCCACGUCUUCGCCAUCGCCUUCCUGGUACACGGCCUACUGCUCUACCAGCCGCGGCUGCGCAGGCUGCUCAACCCGCGGGCGCUGUGGCAGAGCUGCCGCGGCUGCUGGCGGCCACGCGCGCAAGCCAAGUCCAAAGCUUCCGACGCCGCCGCCGCCACUGCGCCCUCCCAACUGGAGCUGACGACUGCCGCCGCCGCCCCUGCCGCCGCCGCGGCCCCUGCCGGACCUGUGGAGCACAGUGGCAGCAGCAGCGGGCGCCACCGCCGCCGCCAUGGGUCUGGGCAGGGCGCCGAAGCGGAGGCCGCGGUGGCAGCAGGCGAAGGGCAGCAGCAGGGUCCUGACGGGGCUGCCGCUGCGAUGCCGCCGUUGUCGUCGCCGUCGCCGCAGGUGCGAGGGCUCUCACCUCCCGGCGUUGCCGGUAUUCUGACGGGCGGACGGCUGCGGAUGAGUGGGCCCGGCAGGGAUGGAGAUGGCAAUGAGGUUCAGGCGCCGCCUGCGGUCGGCGAUGCCGCGCAGCCGCGGCGCGCUGGCGGCGGUAGCGCUGGCGGCAGCAGCAGCACCACGUACAGUAGUGGCAGCAGCGAAAGGGAUGCGGACAGCAGCAGUGACGCCGGCGGCGGCGGCGACAGCGAGGAGGGGGAGGAGGAGCUGGCGGCGCCGUCGGAGGCGCUGGUGGCGGCGCUGGGGUAUGAGGGCGAGGAGGAGGGCGCCGAAGGCGGCGACGGCGUGGGGCCGGUGUGUCUGGAGUGGCGGCACGUGACGCUGGCGGUGGCGGCGCCGCGCGGGGUGGUGGCAGUGCUGCGGGAUGUGGGCGGCCGCGCGCCGCCCGCCACCCUCACCGCACUGCUGGGGCCCUCGGGGGCAGGCAAGUCCACGCUGCUGGACCUGCUGGCACUCAGGGGCGGCGACGCCCGGCCCCUGCCCGCCGCCGCCGCCGCCACCACCACCGCCUACCCGCCCAGCAGUGAUGACCCGGAGCAGCCGGCGCCCCAGCUGCCGCUGCCGCUGCCGCUGAAUGUGAAUGUCACGGCGGCGGCGGCGGCGGCGCAGCAGGGCCCGACGUACCCGGACGCCUACCACCCGCCCAGCGAGCCGGGCUGCAUUGGCGAGGUGCUGGUCAAUGGGCGGCGCCGCGAGGGCCGCGCCUUCCGGUCCAUGUCAUCCUACGUGCCCCAGGAGGACGCCUUCCUGCCGCAGCUGACAGUGCGCGAGGCGCUCACCUUCACCGGCCGCCUGGUGCUGAGGCAGCCGCAGUGCAAACCCGCCGCGGUGGCGGCCCGCGCGGCGGCGGUGGCGGCGGCGCUGGGUCUGGGCGGGUGCCUGGACACAAUGAUUGGCGGCGUGCUGCCCGGCGGGCUGUUGCUGCGGGGCCUCAGCGGGGGAGAGCGCAAGCGACUCAGCAUUGGGCAGGGUUUGAUGUCGCACCCGCGAGUGUUGCUGCUGGAUGAGCCGACCAGCGGCCUGGACAGCUUUGCGGCGGCGGUGGUGGUGGGGCACGUGGCGGCGCUGGCGGCGGGCGGGCACGGCAGCGGCGGUGGCGGUGGCGGGGUGGGAGGCGGCAGCAGUCGCCACGGCGUCACCGUGAUUGCGUCGCUGCACCAGCCGCGGGCCGCCAUUUGGGAGCAAGUGGGGCAGGUGGUGGUGCUGGGGCGCGGGCGGCUGCUGUACUGCGGCCCCCCAGACCAGCUACUGCCGUGGUUCACGGGGCGGCUGGGCUACAGCUACUGCCCUGAGGCGCACGGCCUGGUUCCAGAUUGGAUCAUGGAUUUGGUGGCGCUGCCCGGCAACGACUCCGGCGGUGGCGGCGGCGGCAGCAAUGGCGACGGUGUCAAGGACAAGGGCGCAGAGGGGAGCGGUGGCGUCAACACGGGCGGCAGCAGCACGCCGGGUGCCGCGGGUGCUACAGCCACGCCCGCCGCCAACCCCGCCUCGCCUGGCAGUGCUACAGCCGCUGGUGCUGCUAGCGCUCAAGACUGGGCCGCGCCGUCACGGCAGCAGCAGCUGGAGGAGGCGGCGGCGGCGGCAGCAGCUGACGGCUACAGCCGAGGGCCCAGCGGCGCGCUGCUGCGGCGCCGCCACGGCACCGCCGGCAGUAGCGCCACCACCCCGUUGACCGGUCGUAGCAUGGCAAUUGGCGGCGGCGGCGGUUUCAGCGAGGGAGGCGCCACUGGCAUCGCGGGCAGUAGCCGGAGCAGUAGCACCGGUGGCGGCGGCGGCGGCAGUAGCGCCGGCGGCGCUCCCGGGUCGCCACGUGUCAUCUCCAGUCUGCGGGAGCUGGAUGAAGCUGCCGACAUCUUUGCCGCCGCCGCGCUGGCGGCGCCACCGGCGCCUGGUGUCAGCUCCGACGUGCCAGACUACGCCAACGCUCUUGCGGCGGCUGCGGCGACGCAUGCGGGCCCAACUUCUGCGACUGAUGCAUCGGCUGCUGCUACUACUGGCGAAGUGGCGGAGCAAGACGGCAAGCCGCACGCGCCCGCCUCGGCGACAGCUGCCGCCGCCACCGCCGCCGGCUCGCCUGCCGACACACACAUCCUGGUCGUGCACAGCGUUGGCGGCGACCCACAUUCCAGCCGCCGCCACGGCGGCGGCGGCGGCGGCGGCGGCGGCGGCGGCGGCGGCGGCGGCGGCGGCGGCGGCGGCGCCGUGGAUGCCUUGCUGUCUGCGGCGGAGGGCUGGGGCCGGCAGUACCGCAUGCUGGUGUGGCGGGAGUGGCUGAUGGCCACACGCAACCCAGCUGACGUGGCCGGACGCAUGCUGGUGUUUGUGUGGGUGGGGCUGUUCUCAAACUUCCUCACCUACUCCCUGCCGGCUGACGCCAGCAGCAUCAUACUCCGAGCCAACCUGCUCUUCGCGCUGGUGUUCUUCUUCAUCGUGAUGCCCUUCAUCUUCAUGAGCCUGUUCACAGCCGACAAGCGCUUCUUCAUGUCUGAGGCCUCGGCGCGCGGCGGCGGCGGGGGCUUGUACAGUGUGUCAGCCUACUAUGCCGCCAAGGUGACCGCCACGUCGCCGCUCAACAUCGCCAUCGCGCUCACCUUCGACUGGAUCGGCUACGGCAUGCUGGGCUUCCGGCACCGGGUGUUGGCGGCGGCGCAGAACUCGGCGUGUGCGGUGCUGCUGGCGCUCAUCGCCAUGCAGUGGGUGCAGGCCUCUGUGGCCUUCUCGCCCAAUCAAGAUCUGGCGUUCUGCGCCUCCGUCGCCUUCGCGGUGUGGAACCUCCUUCUGAGCACGCAGUUCCUGGGGCCGGCGCCGCUGUCGUUCAAGUGGAUCGGGCGGCUGCGCGCCAUCUCGGCACUGGACCACGCCUGGCGGGGCCUCAUGACCGCAGAGUUCCGCAACAGGGCCUUCAAGUGCGGCCCGGUCGGCAGCGCAGGAAUGCAGGGCACGGACGCGCUUGGGCUGUACCCGCAGUUCCUGCCUACCAAUGACCGCUUUGGGCUGGUCAGGCUGGGCAUGACCAUGGUCAGUGAGCCGUGUGUGGUCGACACCGACGGCCUCCUCACCUACUUCCGGAUAAACACCCCCGUCGGCGUCACCGUGGGAUACCUUUUCGCGUACCUGGCGGUCGUCCACGUCAUCACAUACUUGGCGCUGAGGCGGGCGGUGGCGGCGGCAGCGGCUGGGUCGGGUGCGGGCGGCGGAGGAGGCGGAAAGGGGCGCGGGCUGGGGGGCGCGAUGCGGCGCGGCGUGGCAUGGGUGAAGGUUGGCUGGACGCGGCGGUAGGCGAGUAGGGCGGUGUGCGUGUAUGUAGAGGGGGCAGGGUGGUGGGAGAGGGGUGAACGGGUUUUGGAUGGCGUCGGGGGGUGGAAGGAUGACGGAUGCAGCUUGCAAGAGGCUUGGGCCGUUGCUGUGCGGUGGCGCCGCACACGUGGGGUGUGAGAGACACAGAAACACGACAGAUGGCGGCAAGGCUGCAAGAGCUGUUGAUGCAGGUGGAUGCUGAGGGAGCAUGGUUUGAAUGCAGCGCAUUAAAAGGGUCUGUACACUCGGGGAAAGCCCCCUGUCCGAAUCUGGAUUCCGCAUGGAUCCAGCAGUCGACCGGCGCGCACAGGGGUCAUGUGAGCACUUGGACAGUAUUGUUUUGGGGCUGCUGUCGCGUGUAAGAAGGGACGUCCUUCUCCUUGGUAAAAUUGCAUCAUCACUGUGGGAUACACAAUGUAAACCAUUGUGAUGUCUGGUGCACCCCUUGGGGUUGCCACCUCACCAACUGCAGCAUCGCCACUACCGUCCGUGUUCCCCUCUGCCUUCCAGUUGCGCCGUAUCACUCAGUUGUACUGCCCACAAACAUAUUAUAACCAUAAAUAACUUACGUCAAAUUCUACUGCAAUGCGCAAAUGCGCCUGUGACACGCCACGCGACCCCCCGGGAAGAAUGGAACACCAAAAAUUUCGCGACUAGGCGGGUGUUGUUCUCGCUGGGGGACGAGCGGCCCAAGGAACGGGUAGGAAGGGUUCUGGCAGCACACGCAGGGUGUAUGAUGACACGCUGGGUGUUUUAUACCUCCGGCUCGUGGGAGUAGAUGAGCUACACCUCGGAUAGGAGUAGAGUUGUUGCAGCGGAAGGUAGGGUAGGUAUCGAGACGGAGCAGCAGCACGGAAGGUGACGGUGGCUCGAACGGGAGACCUUGGUAGUAGGUGGGUGUGAGCGGUCUGGGGUUUCACACGCACGGCGUGGCAGAGCUGGAUGAGCUGUGUCACGUGCUGAGAGUGCAGAGCUUGGGCUUGGGUUUACCCGAAGCUAUGCUAGCUGCGCUGAGCGUUUAGCUGUGGGAGACGGGGUCUGGUCUGGAUCGUAUGCGUUGAGGGGAACUCGGGGAACUUGAGGGAGUAGGGAGAAGGGGGGAGAGGGGCUUGCAGGCACGAGGUCGCUGCAGCUGGGCCGUUGUCGGCAGGCUGACUUGGCUGGGUUGCCGAGGGUCAGAGUCGGAUAGCGUUCACGG